CUUUCUCUGCUUCUCCGACUUUAUCGCCCAUCUCUCCGGGAUAACGUGCCUUUGCGGAAGCGACAAGAGUGGCCUUGCACGUCCUGGGCAGGGCCAUUCUGUCCGCAGCUCAUUGCAGGCUUUUCACUUCUGCCUCAUCUCUGUGAGGGCAUCGGUUAAGUGGUCAACAGCGAGCACGAAAGUCAACAAUAGCGCGCUUGGCGGUUCACGAUCAUUACGAUAUUAUUCUAUACGAUUUCUCUACAAUCAAGUGAUACCUGAUCUCGACCGUCCGAUUCACCGGAUUCUCUGGUUAUCACCUUAGUCUCACGCGAAACCAUGAGCAGCAAUGCAACUGCUGUGCCUCAGUACAAUCUAACCCUCUCCUCGUCCUCGCCCCUCUUCUCAUACCAGCCUCAACGUGAUGGUCCACCACAGCAAGGAUGGAACGCAUCGUACACUGGGAGCAAGGUGUGGAAUUCGACAAAUCUGUGGGGUAGCGGAGUACCAUACAGGACCACGUUGUUUGAAGGGGCGAUCGCACAGAUCCAGUUUACCGGAUCGGCGAUCUACCUCUGCUUCACACACUCGUCAUCGUCCUACACCUUCGCGGUUGAUCAGCAAUCUGUAUCGAUCGCAGGUGAUCCCUCAGAUCCUGCAUGUUCAACAUUCACAUCAGGAGGAGCAAACGUUGAGAGCAUGGUAUAUGCUACGGGAUUGAGUGCUGGGCAGCAGCAUACAGCCACACUUGAACUUAGCGUCGGCGAUUUCACAUCAAGUUUCAACUUCUUCGGAGGAGUGGUGUCGCUAGAUGUCGGCCAAGCCGGGGAUACCCCAACCCGAAAAUAUGUCAACAACGAUGCCACUGGAUGGCUAUAUGCUCCCUCCAAUGCCAGUGGACCCGGCGCCUCUCCUGCCUGGUGGGAUAGCAAGAACGCGACGAGUGGGGAUUAUGAUGGGGAUCGGCAAGUAACGUGCGACUAUGACCAGGGUACUACCGCUACCUAUACCUUCUCAAAUGCCUCGGCAGUCUAUCUCCUCGGUGGGGUACAAUCAAAUACCCUCGGCUACUCCAUCAUGCUCGAUGGUACCACCGCAACAUACGACGCCAGCUCGUUCUUCAUUCAGCCUCAGCAGGUACUGUUUCUUGCCUCGGGUCUCGAUCCGACACAGAACCACACCAUCACCGCCAGCGACUGGAACGCUAAUGCUCCACAAACUGGUGGGUGCCUGAACAUCGAUGCGCUCGUCCUCGUCGAAGCCGUGUCGCCCCGCAGCAACAUCACCGGUUCAGGAGGCGAUACUGGCUCUGGUUCUUCCACACCAACGGGGACCAUCGUAGGUGGUGUAGUUGGUGGUGUGGGAGGUCUGGCGCUCCUCGCGUUGCUGCUGUUCCUUCUUCUCCGUUGGCAUCGGAGACAGAGAGAGCAGCUCCUUCCGCACCCUCUACACCCGCACGAGCUGCCUUCGCUAUACUCUCUUCCUCCACCUGCAACUUCUCCAGGUCUUUCCCAAGCAAACGGCUCCCGCCCAACAUUAACCUCAAGCACAAGCGAAGGAAAGCUGCCAAUCGUCAGCACAUCUAUGACCCCGUUCCCCAGCCCGCCGCUUCUCGCCGUGACAGAGAAGGGUACGAUGCAGGAGACAAGCCCGAGGAAGGAGAACAAGGAGAGGAAGGAUAGGAAGGGUAUCAAACGGAAACCCGUGCCGAGGGCGUUAGACUCCGAAGAGGUCGCCGCUGUCGGACACGUACCAGCGCCUAUGUCGCCUAGCUCUGGGAGCACGCCAGGAUCACCCCCUUUCCUCCCCGUUCCUUCAACACCCGGGACACCUGGCACUCCAUCCACUCAUGCAACAGAGUCACGGGCUGGGACUACGGACUCUCCUCCACGAACUGCAAAUAGCGGAGAGCGCCGUUCGCGCAAGAAAAGGCGGCGCCCCACACCUUCUGAAUUGCAGCAUGCCAGCACAGCAGACUUGGUACAGGUGCUGAGUGAUCGGAUUGCGAGAGGUGGGCAGAGUGGGGGUCAGGAGAGACGGCUUCCACCCGGAUAUGACGAGGUAUCCCCACGCCCAUGAAUCCACGACGACGAAUUGACAACUUUCGUACGUCUGGAAUCUCGAGGGUAAGUAUGAAAUCAAUGCCGACAAAAGAGACCGCUAAAAUGCUCUUCGACCUCCUUGAAAUUGCCAUUCAAGCACAAUGACUGUUUUUCGAACAUUUCUGUAUGUUGUAUUCCAUCCGUGUAUUUCCUGUUAAGGACGAUCUUGGUUUUUCGUGUUUCAGCCCAAACACUGUCUCAUUGUAUAGUUAUCAAAAUGUUAUUUAAACAUCC